GUCACUGUUUUCCACGAGUCAACAACCUAAAAAUGGCACGUCAUCUAUCAGAAAAAUCUCUUGACGAACAGCAACUGUUGUCCCCAUCGGAAGCUUAUCGGGAAAUCCUGCACGCGUCCCGGGAAGCCGACCGUCGUUAUCUUCUAAGUGGUGAGGAAUCUUUCGGGGAUGCUUCCGGCAUUUUCUUGGAUUCUUCGUAUCCGCAGCUGAUAGGGCAAGAGGAUGAAUCCUAUCCGUUGGGAGAAUACUCGGACAUUCCAGAGGAUAGCUUUGAUGUUGACAAGUUUCUGGAAGGGGAAUUCAAAACCGAUUGGAAAGCUACCGUAGAGGAAGUGGCGGAUACGUCCGAAAUUUCGCUCAAAUCCGAUGAUUUCAUUCCUCAAGAGUUGAAGGAUAUGCUGGAAGAUUCCUAUUUUCCAGGUUUUCUGGAUGAUGCUGUUCAGGGGAAAGUCCCAUUCAAGGGGCAGGUGAUCGUGCAAGAAGGCGACAAGUCGGUUAUUCAAGAGACUUCUCUCUUGGAAGCAUUCGAUAAGCGAGUUGAAUAUGAACAGCGGCAGGUGAAAGAUCGACUCGGUCUUACUGAUUUCGGUGAUAUCUCCGCUGGGGCCGACAGCUCGACAUUGCCCGUGCGGGAGGAAGCUGCAGUGGCAGCUCUGACUGCGAUCAAUAUUGAUACUAAAAUAAGAAAUCGCUUGGACACGGAACUGACGAAAGCAAUCGAAGGUUUAACUAAAGCGCAAGCCAUCCACGGUUUUCAGGCCAAGCAGCAGGCUAUGAAGGAGAUGACCAAACGCGUUAUCAGUCAGCUCAAUGUGACGGAACCGGAUGAAGAGGGCGCCGCCGUUGGACCCAGAUAUCCCAAGUUCGAUGUUAUCCAAGUGGGUGGUCCCGAAGAUGCAAUGAAACCGUUGGAAAUUAUUAGCUAUAUUGGAUCGACUAGAAGCAAAAUCGCGAAGUAAGUCGUUGACUGUACAGAUAUUUAUUUUUGAUUUAAUAAAAACCAUUAAUUGUA